AUGAUCACCUCAUCAAGCUUCCCAUUACUCUGCCUCACAGUCUCUAUACUCUUUCUUCUUCCCUUGCCUUCUUCCUAUUCUGCAGACCCUGAUCCAUUACAAGACCUGUGCGUGGCAGAUUUAAGUGCCUCCACACCAGCAGAUUAUAACUUUCCCUGCAAACCCAUCUCAGAGAUCACAUCAGAUGACUUUUUCUUCGACGGCCUGACCAAACCAGGAAACAAAACCAAAGUUUUUGGGGUAUCUGUAUCAGCUGGCAAUGUCCUCACAUUUCCUGGGCUCAACACUCUUGGCAUAUCACUCAACAGAGUUGGGUUUGCGCCACGUGGCAUCGUCCCACCUCACUCACACCCUCGAGCCAGUGAGGUUGGGGUCGUCAUGGAAGGCAAGAUCCUCACUGGUUUUGUGACGACUAAGAAUGUUUUUUACUCCAAGGUUUUGACUGCUGGGGAGGUUUUUGUGAUUCCCAGAGGGCUUAUUCACUUUCAGCUCAAUGUUGGAGAAGGUGAAGCCCUUGAGUUUACUGCUUUCAACAGUCACUUGCCUGGUUCUGCUGCGGUUCCUUUGAAUCUAUUUUCUGCCACGCCUUCGAUCUCCGACCAUGUGUUGACCAAGACGUUUCUAGUGGGUGAAGAUAUUAUUGAUAACAUUAGAUCCAAGUUUAGGUUUUGA